AUCAAAGAUGCAUUUAUUAUGAUUUAAUAGAAAGACAUUGAAGGAGUAUUGUUGGAAAUGUUGAGUCUAUGAAUAUGAUCGGGUCAAGCAGAUAAUCAAUUCGUCAGUUACAAUCCACCAGAGGAGUAAACUAAGCCAGCCAGCCAAACAUUCCCUCAACUCCACCUCCAGUUACAUGUGCAGUCCUCCUGUUGCUCACUUCAAGUCUUCAACAACCCGAGCUUCACUUCCACAGUAAACCAUCAUCAAACCAAACGACAAGCUCAGAAAGAGUCGAGACGAGACUGUCGUUUUGCUUCAAAUGCAACUGCCGCGUAUUAGUAUCGCAAAACCACGGUGGUCUUUACGAUAUCUCUUGACCACUUCUCGUCAUUUCUCCUCCAUAUCUAAAUCCAAGGUAAAUAAUCAUUAUUUGGAUAAGGAACGUGAAGACUUUUUACCGUGGUUAGAGACAAAAGCGGGUAUUGAGGUCUCAUCGAAGCUUUAUAUUGGCAAAUCCCAAUUUGGCAGGUCACUGUUUGCUUCUAAGAGUAUACAGACUGGAGACUGUAUAUUGAGAGUUCCAUAUAGUGCGCAAAUAGCAUCGGAUAAUCUACUUCCAGAACUUUCUGACUUGUUAGGUGAUGAAGUUGGGAGUGUUGCAAAGCUUGCCAUCGUCCUUUUGGUUGAUCAGAAAGUUGGCCAGCAGGAAUCCAAGUGGGCCCCUUAUAUCAGCCGCCUUCCUCAACUUGGCGAAAUGCAUAGCACGAUAUUCUGGAGCAAAAGUGAGUUGGACAUGAUUUUUCAAAGCUCAGUGUAUAAGGAAACAAUCAAACAAAAAGCUCAAAUUGAAAAAGAUUUCUUGACAAUAAAGCCAGUUCUUGAACACUUCCCUCAAAUUUCAAGAAGUAUCACAUUUCAGGAUUUCAUGCACGCAUAUGCUUUAGUUAAAUCCCGAGCAUGGGGAAGCACAAAAGGUGUAUCUCUGAUUCCAUUUGCAGAUUUUCUGAACCAUGAUGGCUUUUCUGAAGCAGUUGUACUAAAUGAUGAAGACAAACAGGUCUCUGAGGUUGCUGCUGAUCGUAAUUAUGCUCCUCAUGAAGAGGUACUGAUUAGGUAUGGAAAAUUUUCAAAUGCUACCCUGCUCUUGGACUUCGGUUUCUCACUGCCAUAUAACAUCCAUGAACAGGUAGAGAUCCAGAUUAAUAUACCAGAUCAUGAUACCUUGCGUGAAAUGAAGUUCGAGAUCUUGCGACUACAUCAUAUACCGGCCACUAAAGAUGACAAUGGCUUUAAUUCGUCAUGGGAUUCUUUCUUAAUUAAGGAAGUGAGGUCCGCUGGAGGAAAAGGCAAGGGUUUGCCACAGUCACUUCGUGCAUUUGCUCGUGUUCUAUGUUGCACCUCUCAUCAAGAUUUAAAUGAUUUGGUGUUGGAAGCUGCUCAAACUGAUGGUCGUUUGGCCCGCCGUGCUUUAGAAAAUAGUAGCAGAGAGAUCCAAGCACAUGAGAUCUUGUUGUCACGAAUAAAUCAAGUUAUUGAGGAAUACAGUGCCUCUAUAAAGCUGUUGGAGUCUUCUACAUCUCUAUCCAUCUGUAAAAGAUUUGCUCUCCGAAGGCAAAUGGCUCUAGAUCUACUUACUGGUGAGCUCCGUGUCCUUAAAUCUGCAUCUGCAUGGCUGAAGAAUUAUUGCACAUCCUUGUUACAGCAGACGCCACAGACUACUAUAAGUAGUGCUAACAGUGAUCAUGUAAGUGUUCAAGAAUGAGCAAGAAAGAGGAGAAGUUACAUGUGUCUGAUACAGUUAAACAUGAAUCACUUUGGAACUGCUGCACAUGGAAAUAUUAAGGAAAAUGGUAGUUCCUAAAGUAGGACCAAAACAGAAGUAACAUCAGUGUGUGCUACUUAUUCAGCUGUGGACCUGGGCUAGUGGGUGAUGAUAUACUGUGCUUGUGUUGUGUGCACAUGUGCAGAAGUAAAUGGAAACUCAGAUUCCUAUUUGACGGUUGGACCGCAAGUGCACAGUGCGAGCUAUUGUACCUGACCUAUGGCCUUGCUAUGAGAAGUAAUAGAGGGAUUAGUCUUUGUGACAGUCUCUGUUGUUCAGCUAUGUAAAAGUGUAGAAUUGAAUUUGGGGUUCUUUACACAAAUACCCAUUUUUUCAGCAUCUA